CUCCGUAGCGAAUAAAGACCAUUUGCAACAGAACAGUUUCGUAAAACAAGCGGAAUAAAUUGUAAUUUCCGUUUUCUUUCUUUCUAUCCCUUAUCAGCUGUUCCGACCGGCGUUCAACACGAAACAAGCCAGCCCAAAACAACCGAGAACUAUCGAAGAGGCAAACCAACCAUUUCCACACUAAUCAUCAUUCGUGAGCAGAGUGCGAAAUUGAAUGAACGCAAUUCACGUUCGGCGCUGCUAACAGCUUCAAUUAGUGAUUGUAGCAUCAUCGCCAGACCCACCCAGCGGAACCACACAGCAUCACAUGCGAGAUAGCAUUAUCUGGACGCUCCAGCAAGACUCCAUUGAAUUGACCGUUGUGGGUAGAUGAUACUAGCACAGGGAGGACCAUCUGUCUGAAGCCUGAUAGAAGAUCCCCGUGCAGGCAUUCGUAAAGAUAAAGAUGUUACUUGUAAUAUAAUCAAGUUCGGAUGCGCACCAUUCCACUGCGAACGUAAAUCAUCGACAGGCAUGUACGUUUGUAGAGUGAAAAGCAGUCGUCAGCGAACCGUCGAUCAGGCUAGACAUUCGAACAAGGGUGUCGCAUGACGGCGUUGCAGCAUUGCCAUCGACCAUGUCUGAUGAAACUGCGGAGCCGAUCGACGGUGGUCAAAUUCAGCGCAGAACGCAGACAGCUCGCAGCAAUGGUAACGUAACGGAGCACCCGCCUUCGAAUGGUGCACGGGCGGAACGAUGGUACGAGAAAAUAUCCGUCGAACCAUCGAUGUUCCUGUACAUGAUGGCGUUCAUGCUGACAUCGGUGGUAGAGCAAGCGUUCUUUCUCUACAAGGCGUGCACGGUCGAUCAUGGGUAUUCGCAUGAAGUUUGCCUCAACAUCGAGCAGUACCAGGACAUUAAAAAGCAGGUCCAGGUGACGACUUCCACCUUCCAUCAGUGGAACAACAUUGCGAUGUACGUGGUGCCGAUCGUGCUGGCCCUGUUUCUCGGUGCCUGGUCGGACAGGCGGGGCCGCAAGCUGCCGCUGAUUCUGGGUCUGAUCGGUAAAUUCAUCUACUCCGUCAUGAUCGUGGUGAACACUCGCAUGCCUUCGUGGCCGGUAGAGUAUAUCAUCUACACAGCGACGAUCCCGAGCGUACUGACCGGCGCCGACAUUGCCAUCUUUGCGUCGUGCUUCGCCUACAUCUCGGACAUUACCACCGUGGAGGAACGCACGCUGCGGAUAACGAUACUGGAUGCCACGUACCUUAGCACAAUGCCGAUCGGUGUCGCCCUGGGCAACGUGAUCUUUAACCACACGGGCAAAUCCUACACCAUCAUGUUCGCCAUCAAUGCGUCGCUGCUAGCGUGCUCUAUUGUUUACUCCGCGCUAAGACUGAAAUCGCGCACCACCGAGCGCCAGUGUUCAAUCCGUGAGCUGCCCUGGUACCGCAUGCCGCUGGACUUUUUCGACCGGCAGCAUGUGGUGCGGUCGGUGCGAACAUUCGUACGGCAUCGCACCAUGCACCGGCGCACCUACAUGUACCUGCUGAUGGUGGCCAUGUCCUUCUACACGUUCCAGCGCGACGAAAAGCCAAAAAUGUAUCUGUACACGCAGCUGCGCUUCAACUGGGACACGGAUCUGUACAGCUACUUCAAAACGUACCAAUCGGCCGCGUAUGUUGUGAUGAUGUUUCUAGGAGUGCCACUGUUUACCAAGGUGCUCGGGCUGAAGGACACGCUUAUCAUCAUGAUUGGCGCGUUGGCACAUGCGAGCGCACGGUUCGUGUAUAUCUUUGCGCAGGUCGGCUGGGUGCUGUACAUCGGUGCGACCAUCUCAAGCGUCGGUCCCGUCGUAGCGCCCGUGCUUCGCUCGAUGAUUUCGAAGAUGGUGCCCACUACGGAGCGGGGCAUUAUAUUUUCCUUCCUGUCCGUGUUCGACAAUGCGGUACCGCUGUUCAGCGGUGUGCUCUACACGCAGGUGUACAAUGCGUCGAUCAACACCUAUCCGCAGGCCAUCUUCCUUCUCACGAUGGGCACCCAGAUGGUGGUGUUCUUCAUUGCGCUCGCAAUACACAUUUCCCUCCGAGGACGUACGAUGGAGGAUGGCAUACCGAGUGAAAAACCACCCGGCACGGGGCUGAUCGAUGAAGCGAAAGCGCCAGCGAUCGAUGAUGAAGCGCCGGCCGUGUCUCAAUCAUAGAGAGGAUACGGAGUAUCGCGUUCGCGCAGUAUGACGGAUGAUCGCGAUGAGUGAUAAGGCAGGCAGCUAUUAGAAAGUGAAAUGCUUCUAGUGAUGGUUAUCAUCUCCACCGCCCCAUUUACUAAACCAUUUACAUAAGAAUUCAGUUAGUGCUACAGUGCCAACAAGGCUUUACUUUGAAAUAGAGUAGUGGCGGUUGCCAACCCGUUGGUGACUUUUGUAAGAAUUGCGCGUUUAGUUUUAUACGGUGUCAAGCAACUCAGUAGCGAUUAGCGUUACCCCUGUCCGCAAAGCAAGAUCGCAGCGAUUCCUCGGCAACGUGUGCGGUUUUGUGUGGUGGUACCGCCACCUGAGCAAACAAUGUGAUGCCCUUCUUCAGCAGUUCGAUCGCUUCGUCCACGCGCUCGUCCUAGAGAUGGAAUGGGGGUUAUAAAGAAAAGGGGCCCGAUUAGUAACGGCGCGAAUACUGAAUCCCCAGCACGAAACUCCCCCCCACAAUCGAAAUGUUUGUGUGUGGUUCCAUUGUUGUCAUCCCGUUUUUCAACGUGGUACUACGUGGCUAAAGAAUAGCUAAAGACGCAUGUGGGGGUUUGGUAUUGCAAUGAACACAUCUUAGGUAUAUACCUCCAACUGAUGAGACUGUAGAUAAAUAGAUAAAAGACGAUUGCACUCGACAUUACAAGACAGCACACUCGAAACAUAUAGGACACACAAACAGAUAGUAUGCUCUAAACAAAUAAGGAAGUGGGAUAGGCAACGCUUGGACAGUAGGAGGAAACACAUACAUCAUUUAGCCGUAUUAGAUGACAGACUGGAGCUGAACACUAGGCGUUAACACAUUGAGCGAUUAACACUCCGGGGGACUGUCACUUACCGCCAUCAUUUCCGCACCGGCAGUGCACAGUUGAUCGCUCGCCUCGAGCAUUUUCACGCUCGCCUCCAGGUUGAUCGGCUUCUUGCAUUUGCCACACUUCACCGUACGCUGCGAUGGUUUGGCCGGGUAGGCAAGCGCAUUCCCACAGUCCGCGGUGGUGCAGCGCAACCGUGGCCUGGCCGGCAGCUUAUCCAUCUGUGGCCAAUCCUCGGUGCACGCCCGGCAAUCGCAUUUAAACCAGUAGCGCGAACGCAGAUUGCGCUGCCGCGUCGGUUUCGGCUGGCGCAGAAAGUGUGGACCAUAGUUUUCCGGCACGACAGCACCGGCCGGUAUCGGGCGGCUAGUGUGCAGUAUCAUCGAGGUACCGAGAAACGAGCGCGUUACGCCCGGAUAGCACUCGUGGUUAAACAUCGACGCGCCACGAUAAAUGCCGACCCCGAUGUACUGCACCUUGGCCGUAUCGAACCGAUGUUCGCCGGUGAUGCGCGUUUCGUACACCUCGUGGGCGUUGAACUGUAACGAUUGUAGGGCGGCAAGCAGUACCGCACCGACCUUCAGCUCCUGUUC